CACCAACUUGUCUCUCACAGCUGAACACAUCGCAGUGAUGGAAUCUUACUUUGAUAACAUGGAAUCUGACAGUGAAUAUAUGGGCCGAAGAAAGAGUCGAAAGAUAAUGGCUGAAAAACGGCGACGAGCUAGAAUCAACCAAAGCCUGUCAACAAUCAAAAGCAUCUUGUGUGCGGCACAUAAACGAAGUGACCCCAACUAUGAGAAGAUGGAGAAGGCCGAGAUUCUGGAGACGACUGUAGAUUAUCUGAGGAACGUCAGGAAGAUCAGCACCACACAUCAACACGUCAAAGAAGCAGUUCAAGCCAGAUUCCAACAUGGCUUCUCCAAAUGUGCUGAAGAAAUCCUCUCCUACAUUCAGUCUCUGCCAGGAGUGUCGGACAAUGUACAUCGUCAGCUGAGGAAACACAUCUCUCGACGUAUGAUGCACAUUCAGCAGGUGCCCAUGACAUCAUCAACAGAUGAUGUGACGUCAUACACAAGUCAGUGCUCCGAGCGACUGAGAACAAUACCCUCCCUCAAUGUCCAAUAUCAACAUCCGGCUGCGCCAGCGUACAUGAACAGGACAGUGUGCACUUCCCCUGUGAAGGAGGACAAUAGUUUCUCAGACAGUGGAUAUGCUGGUUCUCCUGAUAGUGUCAAACAAUCCACCCCCAGAGCCGGACACUAUCACUCACUUAAUCUCUCAGAUUCAGAACUUAGUUGUAAAAUACCAUCAGAAAUGGUUGACAAAGACUCGAGAGUGAGGGCGUGGCUCCAGACCACGUGGUCCUACUCACAGCAGAUCAAGACGGAGCAACAGGUUCCAUGGAGACCCUGGUAAAAUGCUCCAUGCAACUUUAUAUGAACAAUAGCUGUGAUUUUGUAUACGAUAUAA